AUGGCAUUCAUGCUCAUGCAGACGCCAGAUCCUCGAGAUAUAAAGGAUGCCUUGCCAGACCUUACCAACGUAACUCACAUCUUUCUUCCAAUCAACGACAACCCCUCAGUGACCGUGGCUGAAGGUGGUUCACACUGGUCUCUUCUGCUAGUCUCAAUUGUGGACGGCGUCGCUUUUCACUAUGAUUCUAUGCCUCCAGGAAACCAAGCAGAAGCAAACUAUGUCACUCAAAAGCUGGCUCGAUUAAUUCGGAAACCUCUUCGAUUCAUUCCACUCAAUGACAGCCCCUUGCAAGACAAUUCAUCAGACUGUGGUGUGUUUGUCUGUCUCAAUAUGAGACACCUUCUACUCAAAAGACUACUGAUGGUCAGGACCGAUGCCAAAGUCAGUAUGAGCUUGGGUGGGAGAAUGGUCGAUGCGACCGCUGGAAGAAAAGAGAUGCUAAGGAUUAUUGAUGAUUUCCGACGUGAGGGCGAGCGACGACGAUCGUAA